UCCAUCCAGAUCCGCCUCCACAAAGACAAUUGGAAGGCACGCGGGGCCAACCAGAAGCUCGAGGCAGCCCUCGAGAAGCACGACACCUUGCUGCGCCAGCUCGACGAGCAUACGCCGGCGGUCUUGGAGUUGCGAAGUGAUCUCGUCACCGCUGAGGCCGAGCACAACUCCCUCGCGCAGUGCAUGCUGGAGUCGCAAGAGAUCUUCGACAUCAGCGCGUGUGAUCUGUUCAAAUGCGACGGCCUGAACCUCGAUGAAGAGGACAACAUGGAGAUUGAGCCGCGGGUUCAGCAGUUCAAGAAAGGCUCGUUGUUUUCCGACGCGAAGCAGAAGGUGGGCGAGCUCAAGCAGACGCGCGCGGCGCGCCUCAAGAGGUUGGCCGCCAAGCGCCGUCGCGCCAACGACGACGAGGCUGAGAUGCACGGGGGCGGAGGUGCCCCGCCUGCUGCCCGUCGGCCUGGUGCUGGAGCAGCUGCGGCCAAGCGCCCAGCCUCCGCGUCGCCUGCGGCCGCUGAGCGUCCUGUGCCAGCCACGCCUGCUGCAGCCGCGGGGGGCAAGUUCGCGGGCAAGGGCGCCCCCCUGCAGCCCGGCGCCGACGCGGCGGCGGCGACUGGCUCCGAGGCCACCAGCGGCGAUCCGCCCGCGGCUCCAUCCUCAGGCACCGCCCGUGAGCGCGCUGACCGCAUCGCAGAC